AGAUCAACUAGAAGUCGAGUUAUUAUGUGUUGCUCUUACAACUGAGAUCCAACACAAGCCAUUCGUCAGGUAGUGUAUAAAUAACCACUUGAGUAGACAGUUAAUUGUCAUUAUAGUUGUGUGAACGCUCUCUUUAAAUCUGUUUGUUCCUCCUGGUAAAUGUUCAUCUGAUAAUGAUUAUAGUUGAGUUUCUGCAGAAAUGAAAGUGAAACUCAGAGCAGUCGGGACUUUUCCUCAGCGCCUCCUCGAUGCUCAUCAGUGAUUCUGUGAUUUCUCUCUGGACAAACUCCACUCACUGAAGCAGAAAAGCUUGUUAAUGACGCUGAAAGAAGUAUAUUUAGAUGUUCGCAUGAGAUUAAAAGUGCCAUUUAAAAAAUAAAAAAACAGAAAUGAAAGAGGAACGAGUGUGUUUGAGAGAAUUUCCCUUUGUGUUUCCAACAAGAAAGCAUUCAACACCUGCGGCAGCAUGUCUGAAUCUACACGUCUGCGAGAUGUUCAUGAACUGACUUCUCCGUAUAAAAGCCUACAUGACAGUUAUGUGUCCAAUAAAAGAAAUCAGAAGUGUUCAGUAUCGGCUCUGGUGGCCACCGGGUGUCUGAUUGGUGUAGGGAUAUUGCUGGCCAUCGUGGUGAUUGAGAAAAUAAAACAUGAAAAAGAGAUCAAUGAAGCGCUGAAUCCUCAUCUCUCAUCAACCUGCUGUAAUGACACCGACCCCAAUGAGCAGAGCAGUGUUGUUCUGGUGGAGAGUUUCCCUGUGGAUGUGGAUCUGCGCAGAAACUCCAGCGCUGGAUCAGACCUGUAUGAGGCCUGGAGGAAGCUCCUGUCUCUGGCCACAGAACAGAUCGAUGUGGCGUCUUUCUACUGGUCCCUGACGGAUCAAGACAUCGGAGUCAACUCCACUGCUGACACACCUGGCAGAGCUAUUCUGGAGGAGUUCAAAGCUUUAGCAUCCAGGAAUGUGUCUGUGCGGGUGGUGAGCAGCAUUCCCACACUGGCCCCCAAUUCAACAGACCUGGAGGUCCUGCAGAAACACGGAGUGCAGGUUCGUCAGGUGGACUUUGGUCGUCUCACUAGAGGAAUCCUUCACUCCAAGUUCUGGAUUGUGGACAGAAAACACCUUUACAUCGGCAGCGCAAACAUGGACUGGAGAGCUUUAACACAGGUGCGUGAGCUGGGUGUGCUGCUCCUGAACUCCAGCACUCUGGCUGUGGAUCUGCAGAAGAUCUUUGAGUCCUACUGGAUGAUGGGGGUCUGGAACUCCUCCAUCCCACAGCGCUGGCCGGACACACUCCAGACGCACAUCAAUGAGGAGCAGCCACUGAACACCAGCCUGAGUGGAAUCAACAGCAGAGCCUCUCCACCAGCAUUCUGUCCAGACUCUCGAACCCGUGAUCUCUCCGCCAUCCUGUCUGCCAUCAGAGGAGCACAGAGCUUCAUCCAUGUGUCCGUCAUGGAGUAUUAUCCUGCUUCCAAAUACUUCCAUCUCCACGGGUACUGGCCGGUGCUGGAGGACGCUCUGAAGCACGCGGCAUUCGACAGGCGUGUGGCUGUGCGUCUGCUAGUUAACUGCGGUCGAGAAAGUGAUCCGUCCGUCUGGCCGUUUCUCCGCUCACUGGAUGCUCUUCAUUCGCCAUCAGACAACAUCAACAUCGCUGUGAGAGUGUUCAUUAUUCCUGCAGGAAACCAGACACGCAUCCCUUACACCCGAAUCAACCACAGUAAAUACAUGGUGACUGAUAAACUGGCCUAUAUAGGGACGUCGAACUGGUCAGCAGACUACUUCAACACCACCGCUGGAGUGGGGUUAGUGGUUUCCCAGGAUGCUUUGCAGGAAAACUCAUUCCAGCAGCAGCUGAGGGCUGUUUUUCAGAGAGACUGGAGCUCUGAGUUCUCCAUCCCUCUGUCUGAACUCCAGCACAACCACGACUGCGCUUUCCCCACACACAUGCCAUGAUCACACACACACACACAGUUAGACAUACACACACACAUACACACAAACACAGGUGACAUAAAGAGGUAAAGACAUAAACACACAGGUCAAAAACACACACGUAUACACAAACACACACAGGUGAGACACAUACACAAGUGAGAAAAAUACAAACACACACAGGCAAGAUACACACACAGGUGAAAUACACACACUUAAACACCACAGAUACACACAUAUACACAAACUGGUAAGAUAUGUGCACACACACACACACACACACACGGGUGAGGCAGACAGACAGACUCACACACAUUUAUAUAUACAAACACACACACUGGUGAGAUGCACGCACACACACACACACACAAUUAUAUAUACAAACACACACUGGUGAGAUGCGCGCGCGCACACACACACACACACACACACACACACACACACACACACACAUUUAUAUAUACAAACACACACACUGGUGAGAUACACACACACACACCUCACUGCACAGACAUAGUAUAUCCCUUUCACACCUGCUAUAAAUAAGGGAAGCUUCCGGUCCGGCAGCCUGUGCUUCAGUUCAGUGUAAAUCUGAUUGAGGAGCUCAGGUGUAAUGAUAGAGGACUGCAGAGCUUUGCAGUAUUAUCAGUGUUUCAGCUCAAAUGCACAGAAAGAUUUGAACAAGCUCACCGUAUAGAAUUGAGCAUUUCAGAUUUCAGAAGUGACUUUUAUAGUUUGUCCUCUGAAAAAUGACUCCAUAUAGAAAAUAAAUGUAGAAAUAAUUCAAAAUAUUCAUCUAAAAUCUAUUUUAAUAAUCAAUAAAAGUGUAUAUUUUACAGGAUGAGAUAUUUGAGUACA